CUCGAGCAAAAGCUCUCCCGUCCACUGUCAGCUGGUUUUGACAGCCGUUUGUUUACAUACAGACACGCAUUGCCAGCACGUCGAAGGGAUGAUCGUGCGUAGCAAAAUGGUAAUUAGUUAAAAAUAAAUAAAAAAAACCAGUGCCGAUGACGAAGGAAGGAAGUUUAACUGUAAAAUCGUACUACAAGUGCAAUUACAUCACCACGGCUGGCCUCCACCACGGUUGCUGCUCGGCCGGCUCCCCUACAGGCGACUGCACGCUCCCGGUGUCAUCGGUGCCGAACAUUGUUCCCGAGUUGCUUUUUUCUGCUCUCGCCUCGCCUUGCCCUUAAACGGUAGACAGGAGCAACGUCGACGUCAACGUCAAACUACAACUACACGAAAACGUGUGCCAAACUGCGACACUAAAAACCGACAUCGUUAACGUUCGUACUAGCUGCUGUGUGCGACAGCGCCUGAACCAGUGACGCAGUCAUCAAAAUUGUCCUAAAUAUUUCGGACUUUGGACUGCUCUAACUCGUAAACAGUAAGACGAAGAGGCAUGCUGGGGAUUGGAACGCUCCUAGGAGCGUAGAAAACCCGUUUAAAACGUGACUUAAAUUUUAAAGUUCGUUUUUGUGCUUCCAAAUGAGCACACACCAUUAGAAUUGGUAGAUAAAGUCAGUUGUACACAUUUGCUCGGUUGCCAAAAAAUCUUCGGGGAAUUUGCUUCGUUUUUCCUUUUUAUGCGCAAACAUUUUACGCAACCACGAUCGUGCGGGGAGCGCCCGCAUCGAUCUGCGCGAACGAUUUUUUGCCAGCACGGUUUUCCCUAAAUUUUCCUUUGCACACACACACAGACACAAUCGAGAAAGAGAACAUCCCGGACGCUAUUAAUGAAACAAAAGCCGGGAGAUUUGGUGGGCAAUUUUGUGCGAUUUUGCUCUCCCGUUUGCCCGUUUGCACUGCGCUGUCUGGUGGUAACAGUUUUGCAUCACCGUUCAACCGGCGUGAACGUUCGUUGCCGGUAUUUUGAGAGUGAGGAAAAUAGCGCCAGCAGUGCAUUUUAACGUUUUCCACCGCAUCGUAGCAAGCGCUGCGAGUUUUAUCGGGGUGUUUUCCCCCCUUUUGCUUAAAAUUUCAACGGUUAUCAUCUAGCUGCGCGUGUGUGUGCGUGUGUGACGCGUGCAAAACCAUAUGUUUUGAUACGGCAACCGGUGGGGUGCGGUGGGUGUUUAUACAGCUGGCAAAGUGCAAUUUAAUCAUCCCUUCCCAUCCCCCCCUGUGAGUGUGUAAUCGAAGGUUCGUAUUUUUCUGUUACGAGCCGGUCCUACCAGGGCAAGUAAAGCAGAAAGCGGAGAAGGUGGUGGCGAAGGGGUGCAACGGACGGCAGCACAACAUAACCGAGGAGCGGAGGGGGUUCGAGCACACGAACGCAUCGCCAUCGUAGUCGUCGUGGUCGUCGUGUCAGCAUCGUCGGAGGAAGUUGUGCGAAUUCAGCGGCCGAACCGUACGCAGGCAUGUACUGGUCCGUCAAGCGGCGCGCUUUAAAAAGAAUCGGUCGAUGUACGUGUGCGGUUGCGGUGCUGCUAUUUCUCGUCGGGUUCGUCAUACUACCGAUCAUCUUCAAGUAUUCGUACGCACUCCAGAAAAGCAUCCUCUUUCUCACCUUCAUAACCUAUCCACCGAACCUGGACCUGAAGCGGCCGGAAAAGAGUGGCCUGUACGCGACGAGAAACUUCUACGUCAACCAUCACGACCACGAGGAGGACCUCGAGGUGAACGUUGCCGUGUGGCACGUGCUGCCGCUCGAUUUGGUGCGCCGCUAUGCAAAGGAAUUGCACGUCGACGAGCGAACGAUAGCAAACAAAACGCUCCCGACGAUCGAUGGCACCACGAGCAACGGUGGUAGCAUCGUUGCCGAUGAAAAACAUCACGCCGGUGAUCGUUACAAAGGGAUCGAAAAAGUGCUGCGCUCGGACGGGUUUCAGCUAACCGAUGAGAAACACCAGCGCGACCUGUUCGAGGAGACGCUGCGGGCCACGACGAACGAUGUGGUGCUGUACCUGCACGGAAAUACGGCAUCGCGCGGCGCCCCGCACCGGGUCGAGCUGUACCAGAUGCUACGGGCGCUGAACUAUCACGUGAUAGCGAUCGACUACCGUGGGUACGGUGAUUCGGCCAACCUGUCGCCGUCCGAGCUGGGCGUCGUGUACGAUGCGCUGGCCGUGUACCAGUACAUCACCAGCAUCACCAACAAUCCGGUCUACCUGUGGGGCCAUUCGCUCGGGACGGGCGUUUCCACCCAUCUGCUGUCGCUGCUGACCGAGAUGAGCCUGCCCGGGCCGAAAGCGGUCGUGCUGGAGAGUCCGUUUAACAACAUCAAGGAAGAGAUAUGUGCCCAUCCAUUUUCAAAGUUAUACCGUCACCUGCCAUGGUUCGACUACCUGAUCUCCAGACCAAUGUACAAGAAUAAGCUGCGCUUCGAGUCCGACCAGCAUAUUGCCGAGUUCCGCCAGCCGGUGCUGAUACUGCACGCGGAGGACGAUCUCGUGGUGCCAUUUGAAUUAGGCUAUAAGCUUUACCGCAAAGCGCUAGACACGCGGGGCAAAUCGUGGGGCCCGAUCGAGUUCCAUCGGUUCGAGAAGAGCAGCCACUACGGCCACAAGUACAUCUGCCGGGCGCCGAAUCUGCCCGAGAUUAUUGUGCGCUUUUUCCACGCGUACCGCGACGCACAAUACUGAGGCGGUGAGAGGAGACAAUUGUGUGCAAAUUGCAACGUUGCAUAUAAGUUACUCGUUUUUUGUUACGUUAGGCUGUAGUUAAGUGGACUGAGUGAAAAGUGUCUAGAAGGAAGUGCUUUCGCAGGGUGUUUUUUGCUGUGUACCGUGUAGUGGCGCGUACCGCAGUUGACCAAAUGCUGCAACACAUCGUUCGAAUUUAGCCAGUGUCAGGGUUUAUUAUGUACGUGGAGAAAUGUUCGAUUUCCCCCCGCGGAAAGUAACUAGGUAUAACGACGUGUAUUUCGGUCGAUUUAGCUUACGAGUGUCUACAUGAGAGAUUCGUUUUUAGAUGAACUAUUUCGUAGAAGUAAUCCCUCUGAACAAUAAAUGAACUAAAUAAGAAAAAAAA